AUGGAAGAGGAAAGAUUGUUGGAAAUAACGAUUCCCGGAUCAAGGAAUGUACAGGAUAGAUACACUGAAUAUGAGGUUGUAUGUAUAACUAACAAUAAAAGCUUUGGAAAGUGUUAUACGAAAGUUUUUAGACGAUACAGAGACUUCCACAUGCUUCAUUCCAGGCUCAAGUGCUUUCUAAAGGUGCUACCGGAAUUUCCAAGGAAGAGAUGGAACAAAAUGGACAAGGAUGUUAUAGAGGAGAGGAUGAGGAUGCUAACGGUUUAUCUGAAGUUUGUAUGUGAUGAAGUUCUUAAGGGUAGAAAAGAUAUGGAGAAAGUUGAGGCAGAUAUUGUGGCUUUUAUACAAGGAAAAGGUCUCUAA